AUGAAUGAACUUGAUGAGACCCAACAAGCUAUCGACCGGUUCUUCGAGACCCGUGAAUCUCCAAGUCAAUCAGAGUGUGACGACCAUGCCCGCAAGAUAUCCGGUGGCUCCGCUGUCCAGGAAGUUGCCGCUCCGGGCUCGCUGAGCUACACGGUCCUUUGCAGAGAUUGUCCAGGUGUUCGGCGGGAUCUAAUCGUUUCUUUUCGGCAGCCUGAAUCCACCCUGGAUCAGGCUGUCAUCGAGCUGGCAAAAUCUAUCCACGGCGCCUUGGUGCCAGAAGCCACCUUCUAUGGUGAAAUGCCUGGUUCCAAUCCCCCUCUUCUCGUCUAUACGAUGCCCUGUCUGCAAGGUGUUCCCUGCCUAGAAGCACUCAGCGCCAGAGCUGAGUUGAACCCCGAAGAAAAGGCUAGACAUACAUGUUUUGUCAAGCAUCUAGCCAGCCUCCCAGCUCUCUUUAAGCAAACAUAUCCGCAGGUUCUCACACACAAUGACUUUUCUCAAAGAAACAUUCUCGUCAACGAGGACACUUUUGAGAUCACAGGUAUUGUCGACUGGUCCUUAGCCAGGGUGCUGCCGUUUGGCAUGGAACUGGAUACUCUUUUAUUAUCGACUGAUGCUUUCUGGGAUGAGUUCUGGGCCCGAUGCCGAAUAUACGAUGAUGUACGCCAGCAGGAAUUUUGUGCCAAUGCAAUGCAGGCAUCCAAAAUCGGCGCAGUGCUGCACUAUGCGUUCCAGCGUAACGCUGAUGGCUCACCGUUCGAGACAAUAGCAACUUCUAAAUGGGCGUUGAAAACGGUAGAGGAUUUGCUUUUGGACUGAAU